GAUGUCCUCUUGCAUUUCUUGACCGUGUUAUCUCGUUUAAGAUUGGCAAAAUGGCCACCGAUGUUUUGGAAUACAAUGAUAUUCACCUUCUUGUGAGGGGAGCUUUGCAUGAUGGUCGCUUGAAGUUACACAAAGGUGGGGUGAUAUUUAAAGCUAACAAAACAGGAAAGCUUGACCAAGCUGCAGUUGCCGACAUAGAAUCAACUCAAUGGAUGAGAGUAGCAAGAGGCUUUGAAUUGAAUGUUGCUUUGACAAAUGGAUCACAGUUCAAGUUUGAAGGCUUUAAAGAGGGUGACUACGACCAACUUGCUGCAUUUUUAAAGAAACAUUUCCAAAUGAAUUUGGAAGAGAUUGAACUCUCAGUCAAGGGCUGGAACUGGGGUGUUGCUAAAUUCAAAGGUUCAUCCCUCUCUUUUGAAGUCGAUGAGAAGCCAGCAUUUAUAGUCCCUCUUAAGGAUGUAUCCCAAGCAACCACAGGCAAAAAUGAAGUUACUCUGGAGUUUCACCAACAUGAUGAUGCACAAAUCUGUUUGAUGGAGAUGAGAUUUUAUAUCCCAGCUACAUCAGAUAAUGCAGCAGAGGAUCCAGUCAAAAAUUUUCAUGAGCAGGUUCUGGAGAAAGCAGACAUUAUUCAAGCAACAGGAGAUGCUAUCGUUACAAUACCAGACGUGGCAUGUCUCACUCCAAGGGGUCGAUACUCCAUGAAAGUGUUCCCUUCAUUUCUCCAACUUCAUGGCAAAACAUACGACUACAAGAUUCCCUACACAUCAGUGUUAAGGCUUUUCCUUCUUCCACACAAAGACCAAAGGUUUAUGUUUUUUGUGGUUAGUAUGGAUCCACCCAUCAAGCAAGGACAGACAAGAUACCCAUUCUUAAUCAUACAGUUUGGAAAGGAUGACGAGUUUGAUGUGAAACUUAAUUUGUCAGAGUAAGUGAAUUAAGACAGGAAGGAUGUGUCUUGCUUUUUUUUAAGUGUAUAUGACAAAUAUAUAUAUUUUUGGUUUAUGGAAUCUACACAAGAUUGCAAUAUGGAAAUCGAAAAUAAAGAGGAUACUGGAUAAUGGAUAUCACCACGUUUUAGCCAUCCGAAAACGUGAAAUUUCACGUAGGUUGAUUCUGUCAGAAACUGCGUGGAAUAGGACCUGUUACUAGCAGGGCUGUGACGCUAAAACAAGAAUGUAGGUCUACAUAUCUUUCAUAAAUGUUUACAAUUUUGAAUCAAACCUGGAAUUAUGCUUGAUUGCCUAAUAAUUUCCUAAAUGUAUAUUUUAAUUACUUUUUUCGUUUUCUAGUUGUGUGUUUCGAAAAAUGUGUCAACCUAUGUUCUUGUUUUGAUGUCACAGCCUGACUAAGCCCAGACCUGCACCUCACACAGUUUCUGACUAACCAGGAGUGAAAUUUCCCAUUUUCAGAUGGCUAAAACGUGGUGGAGAAAC